CCACCAUAAUUAAAUCGAUAUUUAUUCGAUUAUUCGAGGAGCUAUCAACCUUCUCUCAGUGAAGUCUCUUCAUCUAACGAAUUAUUUUGAUUGAUACGCUAAAUACUCUUUUAUAGAAUACAGAACACAACAGUUCUCUGAGAUGAGAAAAGAAAAGGGAAUUAUUUCGUUGCUGUUAUUAUUUAUUAUAAGUCUUGUACGUGGUGAUAUGUUUUGUAGUCUUGUAAAUCGAGAAGAUCCGUGCAUUAACUUGUGCGAAAAAACACCAUUAUCUUUUACAAAUAGUAAAUAUGUCAAAUCAUGCUGUCAGCGAGGGUGUAGAUUCUUCAAUUUAGUGGAUUUACAUUAUGGAUUAGAACCAAACAGUUUAAAUGGUACUAGGGAUGCCUGUGAAGCUUCAUGUACAGAAGCAUAUACAGCUCCUCAAGAUCGCUAUGCAUGUAGCACUGGUUGUGAUUUCAUGGCCAAACAACGUGUUUCAGAUUUGUUAUCACUAUUUUCUAUUGAUGUCUAUAUAGAGGAAGGUGUAGAUUCCAACUUAUUUGUAAUGUCACCUGAUAUACCUGAAAAUGAUAUUUUGAGUGAUCCAGGUUUGCGGAAGGAACUUUUUCCAGGAUGGUGGGAUUUUAAUGGAUUUAAAUUGCCACAGACAUAUAUUAAGACUGUUCCAUUAGAUGCUGGGACAGUGGAUUAUGGUGUACCGUCAGACUACUCUGGAGAAAAUGACCAAUCAGCUUCAGUACCUGGAUCUGAUUGGCUUCAAUGUGCCUCGAAACAUAUUGGACUACCACAUUGGCUUUUAGCCUCUGCUAUUGCAGCAACAGCAUUGUCUGCAUUUUGGUUAUGUUUAUAUCCAGAAAAAACCACUGAUCCUUUUAAAGAAAUACUUAUUGAAAAAUCUGAUAUUUCUCCAACAGCUACAUUAUAUGUACACGAAGCACCAUUUCAUAAACAGCCUCCGCCAAAAUAUUUUGAUAGUGUAGAUCCUGCAGAAAUUAAUAUCAAAGUUUAGCUAGGACUUUUAACUUUAUAAUUUUUUCAAUAAUUUUGAAGGUCAUUGAAAUUUCAGUAUGAUAACGCCGUUUUCAAGAAAUUGUUUAUAUUAUGUAUCAUAGAUUGUUGUGAAUACUAUAAUUAUUAAGAAGUAUCUGCACUUUCAAUUUUCAACAAAAUUAUUCAUAGACGAAAAAUAAUCUUCUAAGAAUAUAUGUGUAUAAAAAUAAGACUAAAAAGUUAGUUGAGAUUUUGAAACAUACAUAUGAAAAUCAAAAUCAAAAUAUAUGAUAAAAUAGGUAAUAAAAUAUUUUGUGGGGAAAAUUUAUGGUUGAAUAAAUGGUGAUAUAUGAUAAAAUUAUUUUGUACAGAAUAACAUUGUUUUUUAUAAUAACAGAUCUUAUUAUUCUUCUUUUCCCAAUAGAUAAAGUAACUGAAAUCAGUAUUGAAAUAAAACUUGCAAAGUAAAAAGGUAUAUGCACAUGUAUAAGACUGCAAAUUAUGUACUUUAUUAAUAAUUGAGUAAGGAUUGAAAACUUUUGUAUUUGUAUCAAUAUAUUAUUUUGUUAAAUAUAAUGUAUAAAUAUAAGAAAAUUUAUGUAUGAUCAUCGAAAGCAAUUGCUUUUGGGAAGUUUUGUUUUAUUGUUCUUAUAUUGGUUAUUCAUUUUAAUAAUGAUAAAUUUUAUUUUACAUUUAAGUACAAUCAGCUUGUUUCAAGAUGUUUGUAUAUUUAAUGCAUGCAUGUAUUCUUUUGUAUCUUUUAUAUCCUAUAUUAUAAUAUAGUGAAGUUUAAAAUUAUAAAGAUGAAUUUUGGAGUAAAAGGGUAUGUAUUUGUAAAAAUUAUAGUUAAAAAUUUAUUUUAUCAACUUAUCUCAACUUUUAUUUUACAUAGGAAAAUGUGAAAUAUUGCAAUUAUAAAAACAAAUAUGAUACAAUGUAUAGUUGAAGAAACUCUAAAACAUUAUGUAUGAUAUUAUGUUGUAUCAUUUAAAUACAUGAUAUCUUAUGUCAUUGUAAUUAUUGAAAUAUGGUUUGAGGCUUUUCGAUAGUACAUGUCAACUACAUUAUGCAGUAAUAUAUAAAUUUCAUAUUUUUUCUCAACAAACUAAAAUUAAUAUAUAAUUAUGUAACCAAUGUAAGACAUUACUUAAAAAUAAUUAAAAAUGUCACAAUGUCUUUAUCCUUUAGUAGAAUAUUAUGAAUUAUUGAAUAUGCAAUGUUUAACAAUUUAAUGUAAUUUAAAAUAAAGGGUCAAUGAAAUAGUUACACAA